UGCUCGCACUGGUGAACUACCUACCAAGAUCAUCGGCAGUUCACAACAAGUGCACUCGCUCAUGGACCUGAAACAUUGACUAAGAUAAGAAACAUGGAAGAACACUCGACACUAGUAUUAUGGGACUACGUGGCAGUGGUUGUCUACUUCGCACUGGUGUUAUGUGUGGGGCUGCUUUCCAUGUGUCGUUCUAAUCGAGGGACAGUGAACGGUUAUUUUCUGGCUGGACGUCACAUGAUUUGGCUGCCGGUUGGAGCCUCAUUGUUUGCCAGUAACAUUGGCAGUGAACAUUUCAUUGGCCUCGCUGGGUCAGGUGCAGCUGGUGGUAUAGGAGUCGCAGCCUUCGAAUUCAAUGCAUGCCUACUUGUUCAGCUAUUAGGAUGGGUAUUCUUACCGGUGUUCAUCGCAAGUGGGGUAUACACCCUUCCAGAGUACAUGAUGAAGCGAUUUGGAGGGCAGAGGAUUCGAGUUUAUCUUGCCAUGCUCUCACUCAUCCUUUAUAUUUUUACAAAGAUUUCAGUGAACUUGUUCUCUGGUGCACUGUUCCUUCAGCAAGCUCUUAACUGGAACCUUUAUGCUUCAGUGAUAGCGCUACUAAUUUUGACAGGCAUCUGUACUGUAACUGGUGGACUAGCAGCUGUUAUCUUCACUGAUACUCUUCAGUUUUUCGUCAUGAUGAUCGGAUCUAUCAUUCUGAUGAUCUUGAGUUUUAUUAAGGUUGGUGGGUAUGCAGAGCUGAAAGUGAAGUACAUGGCGGCAAUCCCAAAUGAAACUCUAUAUACCAACUCGACCUGCGGGAUACCACGGAGUGACUCAUGGCAGAUGCUACGUGACCCGAUCAACUCUGAUAUGCCGUGGGCUGGGUUCCUUUUCGGUCAGACGCCUGCGUCAAUUUGGUACUGGUGCGCAGACCAGAUGAUGGUACAGAGAGCCCUGUCUGCAAAGAGUUUAUCCCACGCCCAAGGUGGAUGCUUAAUGGCUGGCUAUGCCAAGAUGCUGCCAUUGUUUCUUAUGGUAUUACCAGGGAUGAUCAGUCGAGUUCUUUUCACUGAUGAAGUUGCGUGUGCCUCUGAAGAGACUUGUAUGGCUGCAUGUGGAAGUUCUACUGGAUGCUCAAACAUCGCCUACCCUAAGCUGGUCAUGGGAGUUCUACCUGUUGGUCUACGAGGCGUCUUGCUGGCCGUCAUGCUGGCCGCUCUUAUGAGCGACUUGACCUCUAUUUUCAACAGUACCAGUACCCUCUUCACCAUCGACAUCUGGCAGUUCUUCCGGGCCAAGUUUAGCAAGAGGUCUGCAAGUGUUCGGGAGCUCAUGAUUGUUGGCAGGCUUGUAGUCAUCGUGAUGAUCGUCAUCAGCAUCUUAUGGAUACCAAUUAUACAGAAGAUGCAAGGAGGUCAACUCUUCAUCUACAUCCAGGAGAUCUCUGCUUUCCUUGCUCCUCCUGUGGCUGCCGUCUACCUAGUGGCACUGCUCUGGCCGAGAGGCAACGAAAAGGGUUGUUUCAGUGGUCUGGUAGUCGGGUUCAUCAUCGGUGUAAUUCGGAUGAUUUUGGAUUUCACCUACCGAGCCCCACCCUGUUGGGAGGAAGAUACCAGACCAGCCAUUACAGCACGAGUUCAUUACAUGUACUUUGCAAUGAUCUUGUUCUGGAUCACUGUCAUUGUGGAUGUGGUAGUCAGCCUUCUUACAAGGCCUCCUGAUGACGAAAAGUUAAUUCGCACAACAUGGUGGAGUCGUCUGAAUCGCAAUCCCCGCUCAGACGAGGUUGAGGAGACCAAGGAGGAUGAGGGGAUGGAUGGUCACGUCAUUGUCGUCACGAAUGGAGGAGAGCGCCCAGACAUAGAGAAGACAGUGUUGAGGCGAGGCUACGACUGGUUCUGCGGUUACGAUGACUCAUCAGCAGGGAGGAUCAAGGCUAGAAAGCAACAAGAACAUCUCAAGAAGGUGUCUUCCCUCAAGCAAGACCCCAAGGCCAAGAUCUUCCUGAAUAUCAACCUGGUUUGCAUUCUUCUUAUAACUACUACAAUGUAUAUCAUUUUUACCAUUCCAGGUUUAAUUUAGAGGAACAAUAGUUGGUCGGCUCAGUGCUAUUAUUAACUACAAUUCACAUCUGUGGUGAUCGAAAUGUCAUUAAAGGCACUUGACACUCUUGGUAAUUACGCAUUCUGUGAAACGGAAAAACUGUGAAAGAGGUAAUAUUUCACUCAAAUAUUUAAAGACUCCAGGCCUGAAGCCUUUUAUUAGGCAUC